UCCAGAAGUGAGGUUUCAAGGAUGCGACGCCGCGUGUGAAGUUGAAGCACCGAGCCGACGAAUCCUUUUUGCCUCUCGUCAGGGGACAGCACAGAGUCAUUUUGUACUAGUAUCGCGUACUAAACGCUGAUUGAACUACAAGCAGCUAUGCCCUCUAAUAUGGCCGAAAUGGACGAGCGUCUUCGCGAUUCCGUGCGCGACCCGGCGGUGGACAAGUGGUUCAAGGCCAGGAAAGAGGAGCACUACAACACAUAUGGAUUGCAAAUAUGUCUGGGUCUGGAAGAAUGCAACUUGUGAUGCUGAAUUUGGAUUCCAAAAAAAUCUGCAUUGCCUGAGCAGCAAAGGGAAUGCAAUUUUUGCUACGCGGAGACGGCAUUUGUCAUGCGGAAUAGGCAUCGCGGAGCCCUCAAAAAAUCUGUGAUGCUAGGGCAUGCAUCACAGACAUCAUGGCCAAUGCAAAACAUGCAUGACAAGUCUCAGAAUCUUCCAGACCCAGACAUUUUUACAUUUGACAACACAACCGGCCAGGCAAUUCAGACCAUUGAGGGCGACCUGAAAAAAUUGCAGUUGAAGGGAAUGAGUACAGUUUUUGACAUUUUUACUGGAUCCUCGUUCGGUUUGCUGUGAUAGGGGAAUCAAAAUUGUGCGGGAAAGUCACAAAAUAGGAUAAUUCAUGCCCUGUCAUCAUGAACAGUACGUCCACACUGAGAAACCCUUGUACUAAAAUCAUCAAGAACGGCACCCAAAAACGUCCACUAGGUCCAGUGGAGGGUGGUCUGUCCGAGGGUCUCGAUUCCCCGCGGAAAGCGGCAAUGCGGCUGAUGCAGGCGACGGACAUCGGUGAAGGACCGAUGUUCCAGGGACCCCCGGCGCCGCAGCCCCCGCAGCAGAGGGGCGUGUUGGUACAGGUAUCAAAGGCAAAAAUGUCUGGGUCUGGAAGAUUCCGAGAUUUGUCAUGCUAGUCUGGCAUGAUUCUGAACUCUGUAUUGCGUGGCCGCGAAGAGCUCCUCUUGCCUGUCAUGCAAAAACGCAGUUUCUCAUGCGGAGACGGAGUACGCAACUCAGAUUCAGAACCACGGCAAAACUUGUCAUGCUGGGCAGCGCAUUACAGUGUUUUCACUAUUCCCUUCCUUGCAUCACAAGUUUCCAGACCCAGAAAUUUUUGCAGUUGAUAACAGGAUUCCGAAGACAAGUACGUAACUGCGGUGGGUGGCGACGGCGCGUCGCAGGAGUACGUGAAGUGCUACAAGGGCGAGCAACGAGUGAGCUGUGCGGUCUCCGAUGAGGCGGCGGGGGGACGGAAAGUUUGCUCCUCUGGAGUGGGAGGUAUAAGAACACGGUUUUGUGCACGUUCGAUUGUAUUAAAUCUGCUCGUUUAACUUUAAAAGGAGCCGCUCUAGUUUGAGCUAACGUGUAUUGAAGAGGAUCAACAUGAUUGACCACCUUAGCUGUCCGGAUCUGCUUGUAGUGUAUCUUCUUGUGCGCCGGCGACCGCUUUCGGAUGAAGAUCUGAUGUGAGGCUAGAAAAGAGAGAUCUGAUGCUGCGAUCCAUUCUUCUCUUCGCGCCCACGCAGCUCCUUACAUGGAAGAGGUGCAGUGGGUCUUUUGAGGUGAAGGUCCGUGUGCAAGAUUGUCACGCUACUGCAUCGGGAAGGUUCUUCCGAUUGGAGGCACAUGCAAUUGCGAUGUCUGAUAAUUAAGUACUGACAUUAUUCAGUUAAUUCUUUGCCGUGCGGCCAGAUAAUACACUACUACUUGAGCAGGCCGCAAAGUUCCGAGAAGGAUCAGGUCCUUACCGCUUACAAAUUUUGUCCACACACGCAUCACAUCAACUUUCCACAUCGCAUGUGGAGCAAGAAGAGCAUCUAGAACAAAACACUAUGCGGUCAACAUGACGAUUGAACAAUUGUUCUCCACAACAGAAGCUGCGGUCGUCGUCGCGUGCGGUGCCACCGCGACAGCUGACAUGAUAACGCCGUUGGCUUCGUCUACCACGACGUCUAGCGCAGCGGCGCUGCAAGGACAAGGAGAAAAAGAAGGCGUCGCGGAAAAUAAAAAGGAUGACAAAUCUACUACUGCGCCCGCUCUCGCCUUGCGAGAUGACAAGCCGGGACAUGACCAGUUUGAUCAAAUGGACUUGAUGGAGCGAACGCUGGAGCACCAGGAAGUCUUUUCCCCUGUGGUUUCUAGAGACGAGGAUAUGAAGCUAGAGGUGGAAGUAGAAGCAAGAUGUGUGGCUGUGGACCAACAAGAACCGACUGAAAAAUCAAAGUCUGCAUCUGCUGCUCCACCAACCGCUAGUAAAAACGUAGAGGACACCAUAGCCUUGUCCUCCGACGAGCCAAGAAGUUGCAGUAGUACCACCUCGACGACAGCGACCUCGGUCGUUUCAAGCGAGCAGAUCGCCGCGUUGCCAACAUUGGGUAGUUCAACAGUGGAACAAAAUAGUGGUACACCGUCUGUACUAGAGGAAGGGAACGAAACCACUGCACCUCCUGAGUCCGAAAUUGCAGUAGAAUCGGCACCAGCCUCAACCGACGAGGCAAAAAUCAAACGCGAAGAGGGAGGAUCGCAGCGAGGCCUCGUGAAAGCCAUUUCCGCAGAUGAUGAUUUGAAGAUGAAAAACGAGAACGAACCGAGCAGGAGCACAAACCUGACGGCAUCGCUGAACAGUCCAAGAUGCGCUACCGGGGAGACCGCAGCUGUGAAUUCGCCAGAAUCCACGACUUCGCAGGUCAACAGCUCCUCUGGCGAAAUGUCGCAAACGAUCGAGCCAGAGGAUAACUUGGUUGCAGCACCAAAAACCGAGAAGCCAAGCGUCACGGUGGAAAAAGCAGAUGAAAAUAAAACGAGUUUACUGUCUACUCCUGAAGACGCUCCUGCAGCUACCGAAGUCGCGAGAGAGACAGAUACUGCUCCGAAGAAAACAACUUCUCCUUCUUCGGUACUGUCGGAAAUGAACAAACCGUCAGACGUUGCCCCGGUUGUACUAUCGUCAACUUCUACUUCGGUGAGCUCCUCCUCCGCUUCACCGGAGCAAAGAACGAAACUCCCCGUGUCUACUAGCAUCACGUCUGCACCAACAGCAACAUCAUCUACCGGCUCCCCAGACGUGACCAGGACAGACAGUUCGAGUUUCACCACGAAUCACGAUGCAAAUGGCUGUGGCAGCAGCAAACCUCCUUCCGUGAUGGAUACGACGUCCAAAACGACCGUAGCACCCUCUAGCCCCGCGACGAGCGCGUCGGUGGCCUCCAGUCCGGAAGUCCCAUCGUCCUCAGAGAAGAGGGUCGUGGCGGAAUUAGCAAGCGGCACGGAAUACGUGGGGGAGCGGAAUGGUUCAGGAGAAGUGAAAUCUUCCACGACCCCCGACGUGAAGGUUGAGCGUGCUUCGCUAGUACCAGCCGCCACUGCAACGAAUGCACCGAGCGCCGCGAAAGCAGCUGGUACAACCACAUUUGUAAAAACAAGUGCAACUGGCGUGCCCACUCCGACAAAACCGUCCACCGGUUCCUCGCCGGUGCCGAGCAGUUCACAGAAGGCGACGCCAUCGAGUUGCAACACGCAGGUCACCAGCACCAGUGCCGUUGAGAGAGCUAAACCAAGUACAAGCUCGAGUGUUGUGACGACUGCCGCUGCCGCUGUUGCUAGUACGGUCGUUGGUGCAGCGAAGCCGGCGGGCGGCAGGGUCGUGGGGUUGAACCGCACUGCUGGGAGUAACGCUGCUGCCGCACAACCCGCUGGACCAAAAGCGGCUGGUAAGAAAAUGGUUUCUGUGAUUUCGUUCUGCCUGGUCAUAAUCAAUGAUAGAUAGAUCUGGAUGAUCAUCACGGUCGAAUUAUGGUACGGAAAUGUACUGAGCUUUUUAUGGACAAACUGUUGAUUGAUUGAUUGUUACCAGAAAGUUAGAGUUAACCGAAUAUAAACGAAUCAAUUUGCAGCCCCACCAGGAGUGCCCGCGUCGGCCGCAACAGGGACGGGAGCACAGCUUGCUCCAAAGCGGGUUGGCCUCGCGACCCGCACCGUAAAGAAGAUGGAGCCUGUAUCCUGAGUAAAAACGUCCCCACACCAGAGUUGUAAUGCAGAUUUGCAAAGACAGGAAGACUUGUAAUGCGCAUCCCCAUGAGAGCCAUUUCCAAUCGUGUUUUGGGAUUUGUGAUGCUGUGAACAGGAUGAGCAGAUGAGUCUGUGACGCGGCUGCACUUGCUAACCUGCACUACACUGCAUAGUGCAACUUGUCAUGCGUGACUCACAAAACUCCUAGGUUUGUGUUGCAAAAUCCCCAUCCUGACUCUGGUGUGGGGAUGUUUUUACACAGGAUAGCCUGCUUCCGGAGGGGGCGGCGGCCUCGGGUUGACCGACAGUCCCCAGCAAGGAAAGCCAGCCGCUCCUGCCUGUACGAAGCCCGGGUGCUGCGGAGGACCUUCGAACGGCUGCGGACCAACUGCUGCCAGCAACUCCUCCUCCUCUUCCUCUACCGAGCUCGCCACCCGGCCCCCACUGAAACCGUGCGACGGCAUGAAGCGCGCUCCGGGGUCGGGACUCAUGCCGCGCAGCUGCGGGCAGGGAGGCUGCACGAAAUGCGGAAUCCAUGCGCCGGCCCGGGGUUUGCGGUCGGCCUGCGAACACGACGGGUUUGGCCAGCUGCAUUUGCCGAAGGAUGAGAAGGCGCUCACGGAGGAAAAUUUACCGGAAAAGCUGGAUCGGAAACCGCACGACGAAAAAUUGGGGCUGAAGUACCUAUCUAUCAUGAUGCUGUUUUCAAAAUGAAAAUGCGGAAAAACUGUCAGAAGUUGUGUUGCGUUCUCCCCCUUCAUAGUAUGAUUUGCAGCUGCAGUACAACUAGAAGCAGAUGAAGUUGUGUGCAAAUCGAAACCAAGUUCCAUAAAAAUUUUCUUUGCAGAACCACGGUGGCGAAUCCGCAAGCUCUGCUGGAUGAGAAACGCGACAUGCCGUCGUUUGACCCUAAGUACGCAGAGCAGUACAUGCUGUAUGCGCAGCAGUACGGGGCCUAUUCCCAGCAAUUUGCGAUCUUUGCGCAGUACUUAAUUUUCUGGUUGUGAGGUUUUUUUGUUUUUGACCGAGGAUUUCUGUUUGGUGAAAAAAUGCUUUCAACAAGCCAUGAACAUGAUGGGUUGUUGACGAGACGGUAAUGCAAUCAUCCCAAACUACCAAGGUAUUGUGCACAGCAAGGCGCGGUCACCGCCGCUAAGGCACAGUACGAGGAGGCCAAGAAGCGGCAGCAAGAGGAACUGAAGAAAGUGCAGAAAAAAGCCGCUAAGAAGGGCAAGCCGAUUCCUCCGGAUCCGACCGCACCGAAGCCCAUGAUGAUCACGCCGUACCGGCACAACUGGCUGUUGUCCGGCAACUCGCAGGCCCAGCCCACCACCUGGUGGGAGCACCUGAAACAAGAAGCGGGGAGGCUGUUCGACCCGCGAAGCUGCAGUAUCAAUCCCUUCGGGUAAGUGGAAAUAAAGAACUGUUUUCAGUGCAAUUGUUGGCACCGGAAAAUAAAUCGAACCUGUGAAUAAAUUUGAAACUUUGGUUGAAUUAUGGUAGUUCUAGUUGUUAUUCAGCGCGAGUAGUGCGAGUAGGAAUUUUUUCAUCGAAUGCAAAUUCGAUUAUGUGACGAGCUUGAUUUUGAUGUUUCUGACAGAAAGGUGUCAAUUAGUGAUGACGACUGUUGUUCUUCUUGUUAAUACCGUUAUUAUUAUGCGAUAGAGUCGUUCGUUUUGCUUUUGUGCCGUCUGUGUACAAGCGUUAUGCCUGACAGUAAGUCAAGCGACCGCGACUGCAAGUGAGAUGGCAGGCAAAAAUCACAACUUUUCACUGAACUUCUCAUGAGCUACUCAGUACUAACUUUCCAAGAAACUUCUACUACUUCUUGCCCAGUGAGCUGCUUUUGAUAUUUUCGCAGAAAUACCCGAUUCAUAAAAGAAUUAGUGUUGGCAUCGUGAAUACACCAAAAUUGAAGAUAUGAAGAAGCUAUGGUAUGCUUGUAUCGUGUCUAGACACUGUCGCUUUUCUGUUGGUUGAGAAAAUUUUCUUGAGUUUUGUCCAAUCAAUGCAGACUCUGAAAUAAAUAUUUGCCGAUUUUCAAAAAACUGAACUAUUCUAUUCGUUACUAGGUGUGCCUUAAUGGGCGGAAUUGAGCUACUCAAAUUGUGAGCCUUUGACGCGAACUUUUUUUUCUGCUUAGGAAAAACAAGACGUCAGUUUCUUGCUGAACUUUCUCACUUUUACUUUCCAAUAGAAGUACUAGACUUCUAGAU